AUGUGCUCCGACUCGAAUUGCUACGUACCCUUUUUCAAUAUUUAUUGGAGUUUCUACGCAAUUUUCGGAUUCACAUUUCAGCUAACUUUGAUAUUUUUAAUUUUUCAAAAACUACCAGUAUUUCUCAGCAAUUUUAAAUAUUUUUUGGUUAACAACGCGUUUUCUCAAUUGGCACUUGUCGUAUUUGCAUUUACACACUCAGUCGGUUUCUCACAAACAGUACUUCGCUGGCUAUACUAUCACCUGGACCAUGCCUUUUUUUCGGAUUAGAAGCUUGUUUUGCGAACUAUAUUUUUUAUAUGGCAGUUGUACAAGGUUCUGGGAUGGCAAUAUUGGUGACGAUAGUGUUUCGUUUUAUUCAUUUGAUAGGAAAUCGAAUCUCUAAAAAACAAUCAACUUUAUUAAUUAUUCUAUCGUAUAUUUUUCCAGUAUAUAACUUGGUAAGGUUUUUGUUUAAGGCGAGCUACUUUUAGAC